AUGGAGCGGGAAGCGGGAGGUGCAGGCGGCGCCGGAAGUAUCACCGCGGCCGCCGCUGUUAGCGAUGCCCUCGCGGAAGCUGCAGCCGCGUCGCUCCCUUAUCCCCCAUUAGCCGCGGUGAGUCGCGCUGCUGUCCCCGGCUUCGAGGAUCCUGCCGUCGCGACGCGCCUCGACGCGAUCCUCGGUCUAAUUCGCACCUUCUACGUGCUACCAUGGUACACCAAGAUCUCGCCGUCGCGCGCAUUUCCAGACGCUGUCGAGGGUAUCAUCCGCCACGCGCUAGGUACCGCGAUUCAGCAAGCCGAGGCAGUCGACUGGCCUUCCCUCGUCACCGCACGGAUUGUUCCCCGUGUCACAGAGCACCUGCAACACUUCCGUUCCGUUGAGCACCUCGCCGCAGCGCCGAGUAGCCCCGAGAAAGGUCUCCCUCUUCCGCUGCCCACACACGCACACUCUGCGCUCACGCCACGCAACGUCUCCCCCGACGCGGACGUUGCUGCUAUCGAGGGGCAUCUACGCGGGCACAUCCAGCGCGCGUUAAGUGUGAUCCUCCCCGAAACGGAGCGGACAGACGUUGUGAGAAUCAUGGUGCGCGAGAUCGUUCUCGGCGCCAUCGCAAUGCCAAUCUUUCACAUGCUGUGCGACCCCGACUUCUGGAACCGUCAAAUUAGCGAACACGGCGCCAAGCUUCUGCAUGAACGCCCGAGGGCCACCAAGACGGAGGUUACGGCCACCAGCAUCACAGCUCACUCAACGACCAAGGACUUCGAAGCGUUCAUGCGCUCGCUGCCCAAGCUUCGUACUCUCGGUGAAGCUCGGCGGCUCCGUGCCGAUGUCGACCGUGAGCUCCGCGCAGCGCGCGCCGCAGAACAGAUGACUGUGAACGACAUGGACAAGGACCGUCGGCGAGCCGUGCGUUACGUUCAUCGUCUGGAGCGCGCGCGCUGGCAAAUCGACCGUCGUAUCGCUCAGCUUUCAGGGAAGGCGGAAAGCCAAAACCGCCAGAGCGACUCCUUGUUUGCCCGACCUGUUGCUGUCUCGCUCGGAACCAUCCUCGGUGACCCCUCAUGCUUGGCGUUCUGGCUAGAGUUCAUGGAACGCCGAGGACGCUCCCAUCUCGUCCAGUUUUGGCUUACAGUUGAGGGCUUCAAAGACCCACUCGAGUCCGGCGGCCUAGGUCUCGAGACUGAGGACCGCGGCAUGACCGCCCGCACGAUGAAGGACGACCUGGCAUUCUUGAACACGACGUAUUUCAACUCAGAUCACCGCAUCGCUGUACCACCACGUCUAGUAGAGACGGUCGCCGAGCUCGCAGAGAAGAAGAGCGCGCUCACGGAUGAGGAGGUCGAGCACGGCAAGCGUACUGUGUUCGCCGCUCAGAAGGAGGUUUACGCCGAGAUGGCGGAGGAGGACUGGAACGUCUUUCAACACACGCCGGACCUCACUAAGCGACGCAUCACGCCAGAACGAUCUGCAUCCACUUCGCCUAGUCUUGGCAUCAUUCUCCCUAGAACCGCCACACCACCACCGCGGCGCUCAGUCUACCUUGACACCCUGAUGGGCGGGGAUGAGCAGAGAGAGCGAGAUCCCUUGUUCUCGGAUGACAAGACCGACGACGAGUACGAGCACCUCGAGGCGCAGCGGAUGGAGGCGCUUCAAGCAGCUCUGAACGAGAUCAUUGCCGAAGACGCAGGCAGCCGUAAGGUGUCCGACUCGCUGGAGCCGCCGCAUUCGCCAGAAUCACCAGGCUUCAAUCUAGUUGUCGAUCCGCUAAGCAUGUCCACCCCGGGUCUCAUCGAGGGGACGCCGUCCCGGGAUACAUACCAUCCGCUUGAAGGACGCAAAAUCACCUCUCGAUCUGCAGAAGAUUUGAAAGGCGUGGCCAACUCGCCCGCACGGCCUAUCUCGACCCCUCCUCUGCUCGCACGUCAGUCUGCGAGGCGUGGCAGCGCCGACGCAAGCCUGCACCGUCGCUCCAAGAGCAUCUUCAUGGAUGACUCGUUAACCGACGACGAGCCUGACCCCGAAUCGGCCAUAGACAUGCUCGCCCCACCUACCACUGAGGGAGCUGGGCUAGGCGACCUGCAGCUCUCAGGACAGAUCGUCCGACUUGAGGCCAGGAUCACUGAGCUCAAGGACCAGGACGUGUUGCUCGAUGGGCUUAUCCGACAGGCCGAGCUAACGGGCAAUGCCAAGGAGUUGAAGCUGCUGAAUCGAUCACAGAGCUCGCUGCGUCGUGAGUUGCGCACAGCUGAGCUUGAGGUCGGUCAGUAUCGGCGGCAGGAGGAGGAGAAUCGUCUUGUCCCAGGCCGCACGCGCGGCACUAUUCCGUACGCUGUGACGGAGGGACAAGUCGUGCGCUACACGGUGGAGAUCACACAGACUCAAGACGACCGCGUUGUGCUCGCAUGGCAUGUCGCGCACCGCUACAGCGAAUUUUGGGAGCUGGACCGAGUCCUGCGUGACGACCCGUCUCUCAGCACGGCAAUGCGCCACGUCACCGACUUGCCAGGGAAGCGGCUCGUACCGUUGACCAACGCAGGCUUGAUUGAAUCUCGUCGCGCGGGCCUUGAGAGAUACGUCCAGAGUCUCCUCGCAGAGAAGGAACUGUGUGACACUCCAGUAGUGCGCAGCUUCUUGUCGCAGCGGCCCCAGCAGCCGUACAGCGCCAGCAGCGUCCUUGCCCCUACACGUCUCGUGCAAACACUCUAUCGAACUGUCGCCAGCGGGUUUGAAGAGGGCUCUGUACCUCCUAUGCUUGACUUGAUGACCCAGGGGCUGAGCCGCCAGCUGGCUGAGGUGGCCGACGGCGUACAAGGCAUGACCGGCGAGCUGGUGGGUUUGAUGCCAGUACUUCGCCCUUGGGCUCGGAGCGAACCCUCCACAGCUGCGCUCUCUGCGACCGGGGCGUCAUCACCGGUGGCGACCGCCACGACAGUGACCGGAGAAUCAGAGGCAGAUCCUACAGUGGCGCUGAAUGAUGCCCUUCCCCAAGCGCUACAGCCACUGGGAGGAGAGGGCGCGCCAGGAGGCUUCACCGCGCCCAUCUGUGACCUUUUCAUCGAGGUGUUCGACUUGAAGGAGAGCAAUUGGCUGCGGCGGCAGGCGAUCAUUAUCAUCCUACAGCAGGUACUGGGUGGCACAAUCGAGCGCAAGAUGCGUGACAUCUUCAAGCGCUAUACUGCGCCGCGCAAGAUUGACCAGCUGCUCCGCAUCUUCCAGGACACCAUGUUCCCUGGAGGGGCAAAGCGGCCCGACUCGGCACCCCGCACAGACAACGAACGUUUCGACGCCCGCAUUACAUCAUCUCGCCGCCUGGGCAUGCUCAUCCCCGAUGUCGCAGCCAAUAUGAUUGGGCGUGGGAACGCGCGCCGCGCGGCACAUCUCGUGUGGGGUGCGCUCCAGGACCGACGGCUCAAUCAACACCUUGUGCUGUGCAUGUUUGACGAGAUUUUCGGCGCAAUGUUUCCUACUUAG